GGAAGAUGGAGGCACACGACCAGACCCAUCCCUCCAGCAGUGUGUUUACGCCUAUGUGGUGGAGGAGGGGCGGUAGGGGCCCUCUACACUGCCUCACUACCCGGCCUCCUACCACCACCUACACACCAUACAGUGUGAAAACCAGUCUUAGAUAUAAUUACUAACAUUUAUAAUUGGAAAAACAGUAGGCCUACUGUAUUUAGCAUACAGUAUUAUUGGUAAUCUGUGGUGCUACUACCCAAGAGUUAUCUAAAAUAUGCUGUAACCUCAGCAAGGACAACAUACAAAAUGGCCUCAGUUGCAGGAACGAGCGUAUACUCUGGCUACCCGAACCGCUUCAGUCGACGUACUUCUUUGGCAUCAUCAUAUUUUCCACCAGUAAUAGAAAAAGUGUAUAGUUUUGUCAAACCCUCAACUGCGAUGGUAAAUGCUGGAAUAAUCACAUUUGUUGCCACUGUCUUUUUUGUCAUCUCAUUCACUAGUCCAUACUGGCUGCAGUCGUAUUCGUACACAUACAGUGACUUCAACAACAUGGGACUGUGGGAGUUCUGCUUCAAUGGGUUUCGUUAUCCAAAGUUCCAAUAUGAUCACAAAUUUACAGGUUGUAACUACAUCUUCUCAGAAGAAUACAGAAUUAUAUGGUCAUGGAUGUUGCCAGCAUGGUUUAUGUCGGUGCAGACAUUCAUGACCAUAGCUUUGCUUGCCAGCAUGUCAACAUUAGUGACAAUAAGUCUGGUCCUGAUUCGCUGGCCCAUGCAGAUGAUCAUGCGAUAUGAGUGGCAUCUUACUGGGUUUUGUUUCUGCUGUCAGGCAAUUACAGUGAUUGGCAUAUUCUUUGCGGUUCUGGUAUUUGGAGUCAUGUGUUGGUCUCGUGACUGGCUGCUCAACCCCAACUUUAACUACCUGUCUUGGUCGUAUGCCUUUGCCGUUCUUGCAGGUGGCAUUCAUGCCUUUGCUGGAUUCACACUACUACAUGAAACCUUCGAGGCCAAGGAGCGCAAACGCCAGGCAAGUAACCUCCUCCACAUGGACCCGCAUGGACAUAUGGGCAUGGGAAUGGGUAUGGUUAGUCACGGAUACAUUUAAAGUCGUAAUACAGAAAAUAUUCUGUGUUAAUUCUCUGGCUGGAUGAAUUACAAAAUGUGCAUUACAGCAUGUACUUAAUUAUUCAACACAGGUUAAAGUAUUCCAUGAAGUAAAUUACCAGUUUUUUUAAAAGCAAAAUAUAUGCCAAAAAGACAGUAUUAAUGGUACAGGUAUCUUCCUCUGGUUAUUUUCAAUGAAUCAGGCUACAGACAUGACAUGUUGGAAUAAUCCCUGUGUGUUUUGAAGAUUUCUGAGUGCAAAUUAAGUUGGAAUGAUAUGUAAGAAAGAUUUACAUUAAUUUUUGUUUUAAAUUUUCUUACACAUAUAUAGGAUGUAAAUGAGGUCUAAAGGAAAUUUUAAAAAGUUUAGCCAAUUUUCAAAGCUGCCAAACUUGUCAAUAUAAUAAUGCUAAUUUAGUUUUUCUUAAAUUAUGUUCGAGUUCCAAGAAAAUAUUUAAAUUGAGAUACUGUAGCUGUAAAUGUCAGUUUUGCAUUUAUAAAGUUGGUCUUGUGAGCUGAAUCACUGUCAGUAGUUUCAGUUAAUGUACAUUGCAGUUCAUUAGUUUAAUUAACACACUGAUGAAUUUAGUACUCGGUGAAAAAAUUUGUCAACAGUAUACGGUCAAGAUAGCAGAUCUGAUUAAAUAUGCUCUUUUUAAUUUUGGUUUGUAUACAUUUUCUUAUGUAAAGUAUGAAUGUGUGCUGUAUACAAGUUUAAAUAUACAUUUUUUUAACAAAGUACUGUAUAUGCACUCUUUAUAAUGUGGCAUUACAAAUUAUUAUUUUGUAAUUGCAUACAUUUGAAUUGCGUUAAUGGUCUAAAGUAAGCAAGCACUGUAUAUCUAAAUAAGUAUCACAGAAUGCACAAGCAGAGUAGCAGCAUGUAUGUUAAAUUGAACAAUUUGUACAAGACUACAAAGUAUGUUAGUUUCAGGUAUAGCAUUGUACCUGAAAACCUAAGUACCUAAGUAGUACUACCUAAAAUACUACUAAAGUAGUAUUUUCCUUGACCUCUUAUUUGUUUUAUAUAGACUUUGUACCUUGUGUAUACUUGUAUUAGUCAUAAAUACUUUCUGUACUUCUCUUAUUUUUUGAUGUGCUAACAAAUGCUUCACUGCUUCACUUAGGAGCCAACCAUGUAACAGCAGUUUGUGUAUAUCCAGCAUCUAACAAAUGUUACCUUCAAAGUGCAUCUAUUAUACAGAAGGCAAGUAACUUUGCUAGAGAAAUUCAAUUGAAUUUAAAUUUUGAAACCAGGCUGUAUUUAUGGGGGCAGGGGGGAUGUGUUAGAAUGGUCCCCGUUUCUACCGUUACAUUUAUACUCUUGACAACUAGAUUUGAACAUGUUAUCUACAACCUUUCCCUAAAAUCUUUGAUAUGACCAUAUAUUAAAGUAAAUAUUUUUAAUGUUUUUGUAAAUACUGUAUAAUGCUUGCCUAAUACUUGAAAAUUACAAUGGUGCAAAUUUAGAGCAUGAAUUUGUUAUAUUUCUUACUAUUCUACUUGAGGUCAUGCCAUCUCCAGACCUUCUCUUUCAUGGCUUCAUCAGCGAGCCUUGAUGAUUGCAGUUCAUAUCAAGAUGCAAGCAUGAAAACCUGGUUGAUGAGGAACUCAACUUUUAAGUAAUGUUUCAAGUUUCCAUUUGAAAAAGUGUGCCUUCUGGUAAAUCGUCUUGUAUUUAAAGGGACUAUUUUUAAAGCCUUGACCCCCUUAAGUACUGUAUAUGUAUAUAUAGUUACAUUUUAAUGUCUUAAUUGUACUACAAUAAUGGUACUAUUUUUGUAUAUUGUACUGUGCCUCCAGCUCUCAUAAGUAAUUAUGAUAGCAGAUUUAGAACCACUCCCUCCAGUAUUUUUCAGGUUUAGAUUACAAUGUACUGUAGUAUCCCAUUUCACAUCUGCAGUUCAGGCAGUACAAUUUGAGGGAUUUUAAGCAUUCCAGUAGUUUAGGCAUUUGACAAGUAAUGUAAACAGUGAGAGUUCCUUGCACAUUCUCCAGGUCAGCAAUUUUGCCAGUCUAAAAUGGUGUUCUAUUGUAUGGUUUAUUAUAGUUUGAGUGUUCCAUAUACAUUAAAAAAUAUUGCCCUUUACAUCUUUUAUGCAAAAUGAUGCAAUUCUUGUAAAAGCAAGCACUGAAAUAUCAUAAACAAGAGCGAGUGACUUAGGGCCUAUAUUUUCAAUAUAGAGAAGCAGUAAGUACUGUACUCUAUAAUAUUCAACUGUGUUGUAUAAUGUUCCAUAUUGAAUUAGUUCUUAAGCACGGAAUGAGAAAACUCGUACUGUUUUUCUCCGAGAGUCAUGGUAUGCAAUAAGAUCUUUUGAAGUUAACAGUAUGCCUGUAUUUACACACAAAUGGUUAUAUGAUCAAGUAUGAUUAGUUAAUGUUACUAAAAAAAAUAGGCUGCUAAAAAUAUUUGGCAGCAUUUUUAUUCCGUCCAGACUCUUGUGAAUUAAAUUCAUACUGAUUUUUUAAAUUUAAUAAAUAUAAAUACAAUAA